AUGGGAACUCAAGCAGUUGCUCCAGACUACUCAAAAGAAGUCGAUCAACGAACAGCAAAACAGAAGGCGAUAGACGAAUGGCUGCCAAUUACUUCGUCGAGGAAUGCAAAAUGGUGGUACUCAGCUUUCCACAAUGUUACUGCAAUGGUUGGAGCUGGAGUUCUCAGUCUACCUUAUGCCAUGGCAGAACUAGGAUGGGGCCCUGGAGUGACAGUGCUUAUUAUAUCUUGGAUUGUCACUUUAUACACUCUAUGGCAAAUGGUUGAAAUGCAUGAAAUGGUUCCUGGAAAACGUUUUGACAGAUACCAUGAACUCGGACAACAUGCAUUUGGUGAAAAACUUGGUCUGUACAUUGUCGUACCUCAGCAACUAAUUGUUGAAGUUGGGGUCGACAUAGUUUACAUGGUUACAGGAGGGAGAUCUUUGCAGAAAUUCCAUGAUUUAGUAUGCAAAGAUUGCAAAAAUAUUAAGCUUACCUAUUUCAUCAUGAUAUUCGCCUCAGCCCACUUUGUGCUGUCUCAUCUUCCCAAUUUCAAUGCAAUCUCCGGUGUAUCUUUGGCAGCAGCCGUUAUGUCCUUGAGUUAUUCAACUAUAGCUUGGGGUGCGUCAAUCGACAAGGGUGUUCAACCAGACGUGCAAUAUGGUUACAAGGCUACGACCACGGCAGGAACUAUUUUCAACUUCUUCAGUGCCUUGGGUGAUGUAGCUUUUGCUUAUGCCGGUCAUAAUGUGGUGUUGGAAAUUCAAGCUACGAUUCCUUCUACACCAGAGAAGCCAUCUAAGGGACCUAUGUGGAGGGGAGUGAUUGUUGCUUAUAUAGUCGUUGCAUUGUGCUAUUUCCCUGUUGCACUAAUCGGGUAUUGGAUGUUUGGGAAUAAAGUUGAAGACAACAUUCUUAUCUCGUUAGAAAGACCUGUAUGGCUAAUCGCCAUGGCUAACUUGUUUGUCGUGGUUCAUGUCAUUGGGAGCUAUCAGAUUUAUGCAAUGCCAGUUUUUGAUAUGAUUGAAACUGUACUAGUAAAGAAACUAAAUUUCAGGCCUAGUUGGAUGUUGCGAUUUGUUACAAGGAAUAUUUAUGUUGCGUUUACUAUGUUUGUUGGAAUCGUCUUCCCUUUCUUUGGUGGGCUUCUUGGGUUUUUUGGCGGAUUUGCUUUUGCACCAACCACAUACUUUCUUCCUUGUAUAAUGUGGUUAGCCAUCUACAAACCAAGAAAAUUCAGUCUAUCUUGGAUUGCUAAUUGGAUUUGUAUUGUUCUUGGAGUUAUUUUGAUGAUUGUCGCACCUAUUGGAGGAUUAAGGCAGAUUAUUCUCCAAGCAAAGGACUAUGAAUUCUUCUCAUAA